AGACCAGUAGAGGAUAGAGCAGAACAAAGCUAUUCCACUGUUUGAGCAGGUGGACUGAUCUUCCCGUCAUCCCAGGUAAAACAGAGGAGUCUAUUUUCCAUUCAGGGUAGGACAAUGGAAAGGUGCCGGCACCCUCUGCUACUGCUGUGGUUUACUGCAGCCAUAGCAACAAAUAUACUGGGAGGUAAUGCUGCACUUCCAGAAGAAGACAAACUGCAGGUAAAGAACUGGACCAACAGCUCUCUAGGAGUCAUUCCUCAGUGUAACACCAGUUGCUCUGUUACUAAACUGCUGAUUGAAGGGAAUUUGAUCACUCUGAAUAACGCUGACAGACUAGCCCUGGCUAGUUAUACCACACUGGUAGAACUCCAGCUGGGGGGUAACCUGGUGACUGGUAUACCAGCCAAAUACUUCUCUGUGGUACCGCACCUCAGAGUGCUCUCUCUGUCCGGGAACAAAAUCAGCAGCCUGAACCCAGAGUCUUUCUCUGGGCUUGAUAAUCUGACGGAGGUGGACCUAUCCCACAACCUGCUGACAAGUCUCCACACACAGCUAUUCAGACAGCUAAAGACUCUACAGGUGCUGAACCUUCAGGAAAACCCCUGGAACUGUUCUUGCCCGCUGCUGAGCAGUAUUGGAGCGCUCAAAGCAGCCGGAGUCACCAUUGGGGGACCACAAGUCACCUGUGCUUCUCCAGAAAAUCAGGUUGGAACAGAUCUUUUGGAGGCUACAGCUGUGUGUUACCCAUCAGCACCAGCACCGACCUUAAUCACAGACCCACAAAAAACGAGAGUCAAUUUCCAGCAGUCUAGGACCUCAUCCACUGUGCUGCAGACCACGUUGACUAGCCAGAACCACAACAAUAAAGACCAGACACCUGUGCUCGGCAACUCAUGGAAGUUCACAGCGUGUGUUGUAGCCUUGGCUCUGUUCACCUCCAUGCUCAUUGUAUGUGCCAUAAAGGGGCCUUCCUGGUACAAGCUCUUCCAUAACUACCACCAUCGGAGACUACGCCAAGAAGAGGAUGGGGAUGCGGUGUCCACAGUUUUCUCAGACACAGGGACACACUUGAGUCAUCAGACAUUCACCUUUAGGCAAGAGAACGGGCAGAUGGAGGAGGAGGAUGGGUAUUUUGAGGAUCCAUACAUCAAGAGGGAAGAAUGACAUGCAGGAGAAGAGACUUUAGCAGAACCAUGAUGGAGCAAACAGCAGCUGGUGAACCAAUGACAGGACAAGGAGGCAGUCAUCACAGCAACGUGGUACUCACUGAGGGGCGGUUGAUGAUAUGUACAGUAUACAUCGCCUUAGCUAAAUAAAAUCAUUUAGCUAUUUAUGUUCCAGGCACUGGUUUGUAUUAUCAUCCUAGGGGUCAGUUAAACUUUGUCUUGACUCGGUGGCUGCAAUACAAGGUCGGUAUAAUGUUGGUAGUUGAGUAAUUGAAGCUUUUUGUACUGUUUCUACUGAUUUUACAAUACUCUGUAGCAUCCUAUCAAUGCAAGAAUAUGAGGUAAAACGUUUCAAAUUUGAGCUCUUGAUCCCUGUUUCUGAUCGACAAAUCAUGCCUAACAUGUAAGUCCCUCUCACACUUUGACAUACGAAGGCACAGUUUUUACACUCCGCGGAUCCGUAGAGGAAUGCACACAGAUGGGUUGCCUCCUGCAAAAUGUGCACUUGAGGUUAUAUAUUUCAAUUACAGCGAUUUACAACCACCUCGUUUGCACGGCGGUAGUCUGAUGACUCUGACUGCAGGGUUGACACAAGUUAAGAUGUUACUACGGUCACGAAAAGCUUGCUACCUGCUGUCUCUGCACUGCACAGCAGUUCCUCAGUGACGGAGUUUAUGUGAGCUCUGCAGGCAAGGGAGGAAAGGUGUGACUGAACGUUAGCUACCACACCUUCAAAGAAUGUUUUCAAGCCAAAACCAGGGCUUCUUUCUUCUGCUUCAUUCAUUUUGUGCAAUGUAACGUCUACAGUCUUUUUGAAUGUACUCACCAUUGUAUGAACUGCAAUCAAAACCAAUUGCAGAUUCCCAUGGAAAUAUGUUGAUUCAUGCAACAUACUGUAGUCUAAAUUGUUGACCAUGACAUCAUAUAUUGACAUCAAUAAUUUAUCCGAAAAUCCUAAUUUCCUUUAUCAGUUGUUAAUGAAACUAAUUGAUAAACCAUUAAACGCUUAUAAAAUAUCA